GGAGAGGCUGUGGCCUCAGCCGUGGAUUACAGAUUGAGAGGGAUUUAGGGUAUCUGGCUGACACGCGUAGCGGCGCAGGUGGUCGUUUGCGUCUUUGCCCGGCGUCACUCUUUCUUCGCUCGGCGCGAAGAGCUUCUGGAGCUCCUUGUGAAAAUGUGAGUUUAAUUGGACGGAAGAGCCUUGGAGGAAUGAGGGAAGCGAAGGCAACACCAGAAUCUGCUGCUGCUGCUGUAGACUUUCUCCCUGCUUCUUUUUUAAGAAAUAGACCCAACCAGAGUCUUAUUAAUAGGAAAAAUAAAUAGGAUUUUUUCUCUCUCUUUUUCCGCUAUGUGAGAUGACCUGAUAAACCCUUUAAAGGCAUUUAUGAAAGAACAUUAGCUGACUGUUGACUUUGGGAUCAGGGAUCUGGAAGUUUUCUGAGGUCGUUUUGUCAGGUGUGUGGGAUUUGCACUUGUCUGGUGGAGUUUUUCUCCAUUUUCUUCAUGUUUGGCGGUGUACAAGGAAAGAACCACUAACUAAAGCCAUCUCUAAAAUGCAGUGAAUCAAAUGGACAUCUGUAAAUAUUUGGAACAUUCAUCAGACUGAAUAAACAAAACCUUCCACUUUGAAUUCUAACAAGCAAAAACUGAAAAUAUUCACUUGUGUUAGCCUUUUGACUUAAGUGUGGUUAAAUUCAGCAAAUUUGUUCAUAAACUAGCUUUUUUGGCUGUGAAGACUCCAUUGGUGAAAGAGAGGCAUUUUUUUCAUUUUUAAUCAGCAAGCAUCAGUGUGACAUUUUGACUUCGCGAAGAAAAAGCAGCCAGGUCUGAACGAUGAGCACAGCAGUGAUGAGCGUUUCCCAGGCAACCAUGCCACCGUCUCCAGCGCCAGGUCCGGCCGCUAGGCCCUCCUCGCUGGACAAGCGGUCCUCUUCCGUGGAAACGGCGACCGUCCCGCCCCCGUCCUCCAAACUGCCGCGCCACAAGACCUCGGUGUCCCGCCUGGUGGAGGAGUUCUUCUGGAUCGGAAGCAGCGUUCUGGCUUCCUCCAUGUUGAAACUGGGGCAGUUCGUGGAGAAAUGCAUGAGCUCCAUGCAGACGGGGACUCAGAUGGUGAAACUGAGAGGAGGCUCCAAGGGCCUGGUGCGCUUCUACUACCUGGACGAGCACAAGUCCUGCAUCCGCUGGCGACCCUCCAGGAAGAACGAGAGGGCCAAGAUUUCCAUCGACUCCAUCCGGGAGGUGUGCGAGGGCAAGCAGUCGGAGAUCUUCCAGCGCUACUCCGACGGCAGCUUCGACCCCAACUGCUGCUUCAGCAUCUACUACGGCGAGCACAUGGAGUCUCUGGACCUGGUCUCCACCAGCGGGGAGGAGGCCCGCACCUGGAUCACCGGCCUCAAGUACCUCGUGGCCGGCAUCAGCGACGAGGACAGCCUGGCCAAGCGGCAGCGCACCCGCGACCAGUGGCUCAAGCAGACGUUUGCGGAGGCGGACAAAAACGGCGACGGCAGCCUGAGCAUCAGCGAAGUCCUGCAGCUGCUGCACAAGCUCAACGUGAACCUGCCCAGGCAGAAGGUCAAGCAGAUGUUCAAGGAGGCAGAUACUGAUGAAAACCAAGGCACACUGGGGUUCGAGGAGUUCUGCACUUUCUACAAGAUGAUGUCCACGCGCCGGGACCUCUAUCUGCUCAUGCUGACCUACAGCAACCACAAGGACCACAUGGACACGGACAACCUGAUCCGCUUCCUGGAGGUCGAGCAGAAGAUGACGAAUGUGACGAAAGAGCACUGCCUGGAGAUCGUGAGCAAGUUCGAGCCCUGCCCCGAGAACCAGCAGCAGGGGGUGCUGGGCAUCGACGGCUUCACCAACUACAUGCGCAGUCCCUCGGGGGACAUCUUUAACCCGGAGCACUACGAGGUGACGCAGGACAUGACCCAGCCCCUCUGCAACUACUUCAUCGCCUCGUCCCACAACACCUACCUGAUGGGGGACCAGCUCAUGUCCCAGUCCCGGGUGGACAUGUACGCCUGGGUGCUGCAGGCAGGGUGUCGCUGUGUGGAAGUGGACUGCUGGGACGGCCAGGAUGGAGAGCCCAUCGUUCACCAUGGCUACACCCUGACCUCCAAAAUCCUCUUCAAAGACGUCAUCGAAACCAUCAACAAAUACGCAUUUGUGAAAAACCCGUACCCGGUGAUCCUGUCCAUUGAGAAUCACUGCAGCGUGCCCCAGCAGAAGAAGAUGGCCCAGUAUCUGAUGGAGGUGCUGGGUGAUAAGCUGGACCUGUCCACGGUCAACAUGGACGAGUCCGGUCUCCUGCCCUCCCCCGAGGGCCUGAAAGGGAAGAUCCUGGUCAAGGGGAAGAAGCUUCCGUCCAACAUUGACGAGGACGCGGAAGAGGGCGACGUGUCGGACGAGGACAGCGCGGACGAAAUGGAGGACGACUGCAAGCUGAUGAACGGAGAUACGUCCAUGAACAGAAAGCAGGUGGAGAACGUGGCCAAGAAGAAGCUGGACUCUCUGAUGAAGGAGUCCAAAAUCCGGGACCGGGAAGACCCAGAUAGCUUCACCAUCGCUGCCCUGCCCCCGUCCGGGAAGCUGCAUGACCCCGCCCUCAAGGGCAAAAGUGAGGACGGCACAGACACCGCUGAUGAGGCAAACCCCAACACUAACAAGCGCGUGGGCAGGUCCUUCAUGGGCAGCUUCUCCAAACGCAAGAAAAAGACGGCCAAGCUGAAGAAGACGUCCAGCCUGGAGGACACGGACACGGACCAGGAGAGCUCCAGCAGCGCCUCCAAAGCUCCUCUCCAUCACAGCAGGAAAAAGAAGACCAUGAAGCUCUCCCGGGCCCUUUCCGACCUUGUCAAGUACACCAAGUCCGUCGGCGUGCACGACAUCGAAGCACAAGCGAGUGCCUGCAGCUGGCAGGUCUCGUCCUUCAGUGAGACCAAGGCCCACCAGACCAUGCAGCAGAAGCCGGCCCAGUUCAUCCACUUCAACCAGCGGCAGCUCUCCCGCAUUUACCCCUCCUCCUACCGCGUGGACUCCAGCAACUUCAACCCCCAGCCCUUCUGGAACUCCGGCUGCCACCUGGUUGCGUUGAACUACCAGUCGGAGGGGCGCGUGCUGCAGCUGAACAGAGCCAAGUUCUACAGCAACGGGAACUGCGGCUACAUCCUGAAACCCCCCUGCAUGUGUGAAGGUGCCUUUAACCCCAUUCUGGACGACCCGCUACCAAAUCGACUGAAGAAGCAGCUGGUGCUGAAGAUUAUCAGCGGUCAGCAGCUGCCCAAGCCUAAAGACUCUAUGCUGGGGGACAGAGGAGAGCUGACGGACGCCCCCCCCUUCCCCUCUCUCUCCCUCUCUCCUGUUCUCUGUGCCCCCCCCCCCGCGCCAGGCUUUAACCCCAUGUGGGAGGAGACCCUGGUCUUCACCCUCCACAUGCCGGAGAUCGCCCUGGUCCGCUUCCUGGUGUGGGACCACGACCCCAUCGGGCAGGACUUCAUCGGACAGAGGUCCAUCGCCUUCACCAGCAUGAUGCCAGGUUACCGGCACGUGUAUUUGGAAGGUAUGGAGGAGGCUUCCAUCUUUGUUCAUGUAGCCGUGAAUGAAAUCAGUGGUAAGGUCAGGCCAGUCAGCGGUAUAAAAGGACUGUUUCACAGAAACCCAAAGCAAGCUUCCCUGGACAGCCAUGCUGCUGCGCAUCUCGCUCGUAAGCCCACCUUCGGGGCUCACCUCCUGCGCAGGACGGCCAGCGCCCCCACCAAGGGCCAGCCCAAAGUCAAGAAGGGCUUCCCAGAGAUCUCCAUCGACACCAAAGACUAUAGCUCAGAGGGCGCCAGCGAGGACAGGGAGUCGGAGGACGCCUCUCGACCCCGAUUCGACAGCGAGGGGGACAGAGCCGCGCCCCACCGACGGGACGGCACCAACGGGGAGCUGCACCCCGGCAGCGACAAAGGUAAGAGCCGGUCCCCCCGGGGGCCUCCCCGCCACAGGGGGGCGCUGAGCGAGCCGCUGAAGCGGGCCAACAGGCUGCGGCUCCAGGACCCCCUGGACGAGAAGCCCGGCGUUUUUGCCCGGGUGGCGGUCAACAGCGCGGGCCGGGUGGGCGUGACCUCAAACUGCAUCAAGUGCGUGAUUGGCUCCAAGGAGAGCCCGGAGCCGGAGAGGAAGGUCGCUCCUCCGCCCGCCCCGCCCAGCCCGGUCCUGCCCCGGCGGGCGAGAGCCGCGUCGGAGCCCAGGCAGACUGAGCCCGAGCCCACCCCUGAACCAACCCCUGAGCUCACCUCUGAGCUCACCCCUGAGCCCACCCCUGAAAAGCAGGCGGUGCCCCCGCCCCUGCCCCGGACCCUGCCCAAACCGCUGCCCCGGACCCGGGGCCGGCAGACGCUGGACGCCCCGCCCGGGGCCCGGCGCUGCGCCGACCCCUCGGCCAGGAACGCCCGCUCCUGCAGCGUGCCCCGCAAACACUUCCCCUCCGCCGUGUCCCCGGUGCCCGACGGCUGCGCCAGCCUGCGCUGGCAGUGCCCGACCCGGCCCGACCGCGGCGGCGGCGGUGGCAGCCUGGCCAAGGCCCCUUGCGGCGGGCGUGCUCUCUCUGACAGCGACUCCAGCAGCUGCGACAGCCUGGGCGGCCCCCCGGCGCCCCCGCCCCCGCCCCCGCCCCGGCCCCCCCGCGUGCCCGAGCCCCGGAGGCGUGCGGCGGGCACCCUGCAGAGGGAGAUGAACGCCCUCUUUAUUCAGAAAAUGGAGGAGCUCCGCAGUAAAUCCCCCAUGUUCUUCACCGAAUUGAAGGGAUGACCCAAACUCAGACGACCCCACAUCAGUCACUCCACCGCAACCCCUGGAAACCAUUGCUGAGGAAUCUGAGGAGAGGAACCCGCCCCGCACCACAUCCGUCUCCGGCCCCCCGGACCCCCUCCAUCCGACACCCCCCGCAGCAAUAACC